UGCGCUCUUGGCUUUCAAGGGGGCUGCUCACGAGAUAGUCGAUCGUCUCUGGUUCGGUCACCGUCGAGUGCGAGUGUAUUGUGUAGUCCUCCUCCAAAGGGAAAAAGAAACAUGCAAUAACACAAGAAAGAAUCGUGAAGUGGGACGCUGACGAACGACUGGCGAGUUUGUCCUAAUGUGGUUGCCUCGGAAAGGAAAAGGGAAAAAUCAAGUUCUGCCAGUUGGUUCUAGUGAUUGGUCGUGAAAAAGUGUGGAGCUUCAUCACACAGUGUUCUUUGCAUCCGUACGGGAAAAAAACUAUACUCGAAAUAUCACAACGUUUCUCAGAUAGCAUUAAUCACUACGAGCGGAUGAAAUGAAGAUUCAAAUUCAGAAUUUUGUGUCUGCAGGAAUGCUGUUUUUAUUCAACGCUCUGGUUGUCGGGGCGCUUGUUUUGGAAACUGAUGACGCAAUAGUUGUCAAAGCGGAUAAGGGAUACCAUACUGAAGAAAAUGUUGGAUUGGCGCGAAAUUCAAAAUUUGGUGAUCAGAAGCCAGAAACGGAAGAUUUAGGUGAUCGCUCAUGCCUCACCUUUGACAGACAGGCUGGUGUUUGCUUGCCCAUUUCAGAGUGUUACCCUUACACCAAAGUGCACAAAACAAUCAACAAUCACGAGUCAUGGGUAAUCGGCUCUCGGGGUACGUGCAAUUACGUUGAGCCCGGCGGCAAGCAGAUUAAUGGCGUAUGCUGCCAUCCGCAGCAACGAAACAAUCGCACUCUGAAGUUGGACAAUUUUCCCGAAAAUCAAACGCUUUACUCGGACGUUACAUCGCGGAUCGUAGGCGGAUGGAAUUCUCACAUUGGAGAGUAUCCCUUUAUGGCAGGUAUUAUGGGAAACGGCAAGGUUUACUGCGGGGGCUCGUUGCUUGACGAUAUUCACAUUCUGACGGCUGCGCAUUGCGUUCACAGGUUGUCAUCGCAAGGCGUUGCCCAGCUCACGGUUAUAAUGGGAGCGGUGGAUUUGCGAGACCCUGCAAUGGUUGUCAAGCGAGUUCACAGUAUCACACGCCACAGGGGAUUUGACGCCACCAAAUUAUAUAACGAUAUCGCGUUGGUGACCAUGGAUUCUCCGGUCAAGUUUACUAGCAACAUCUCACCUGUUUGCCUGUACGACGACCAAGGAAUCAAUCACGACGGAAAAGAAGCAGUGGCCAUCGGAUGGGGAAAUUUAAGGGACGGUGGGCCUAGAGCGGAAACGUUGCAAAAAGUCACGCUUCAGAUCAAAUCGCAAGAAGAUUGCCAAAAAAAUUUCGGCAGUCGAGCUCCGGGAGGAAUCGUGGACCAUUUCAUUUGCGCCACAGCUCCGAGGAAAGACUCUUGCGCUGGUGAUAGCGGAGGACCGCUGAUGAUGAAUCGUGGCAACAGACAAUGUCAAGUAGGAAUUGUGAGUUGGGGAAUCGGUUGCGCAACCGACACCUACGGUGUGUACACCCGCAUUUCAUCUUUCGAAACGUGGAUCAAUCGUAAUCGAAUUCGAUUCUAAAAUCGGAUGGAAGCGGUACAAGUACAACUGCGGAACAACUUUAAAAACAAUAAGUAAAUUGUCAUACAAACCUGUUGCGUUCUGUCUCCAAUAACGAUUUAAACCUCUGCCGAACGAAAAAUAUAGAUUUUAAUUUUCUCACUGA